CGACCGCAUGUAUCACUAUUUGUUUGAUUUCAAACGCACACUCACAUUGUAUUGAUUAAGUAGGUACUUCUUAGAAUAUAUCAUUCAUAAUACAUAUGCGAAUACUGAAGAAAUGUUUACAGAAAUAUUACAUUGUGAUGAAUAACCUGUAUUUGUAAACUGAUUUUGUCGUACGAAGCGAGGUUAGUAGUGUUUCGGAAACCGCGAUGGACAGAAGAGUAUGGUGCUUGCUACUUUUUGCUAUAAUUCCUGCUUGCAGGGCAUGGCACCCCGUGAUCGACAGAAGAGAAGAGCGAGAAAUGCGAAGACCACACUUUCACACCAAACGUCACAUGCUGCCCACUGACAAUGAUAUCAAGAAAAGAUCCACCACACAGAAGCCAAGGGAGAUCAGGAAAAAGGAAGCCAGUUAUAUAGGGCCCUCCGGCCACCUCGCACCGCUAGAUGAGGAUGACAUCGAAAAUGAUGAGUUUGUCUCCGUAGCUAUUGGCCCACCACCCGUCCGUCCGAAAGCAAACAAACCACACUGGAAACCCAACACCAGACCUGGCAACACCGCCCCAAACACAACAUCCACAAACCUAGUCAAAGACUUACUCAUACAGCUCGGCAGGGAACUGUUAUCCCACCAAGUAAGUGAUGAUUUUGUAUUCGGACAAUAUGUUGGAAACUCCAUGAAGAAUUUAACAAGUGAUCUAAGAUUGAAAAUGCAGCAUGAACUGUUAGAUGUCAUAGUAAAAUAUCAGAAGAUCAACGCGGGCGAAUAUAAACAAGAAGAUAAAUUAAUCAAUACUAUAAUAGGGUCCAAAGAGAAAUUGAGAGUAGCAAAUGACACUGAAGAGUCGUGGCCAGAUUUCACCAAUUUAGCUAAAAUCGUUGGUUAAGAUAAGCCCCAAAUUUAGAUCCACGACAAACACUAGUGAUUUAAUGGUUUUGUAAAUAGAACUGAUGAAAAUGCAUGAUAUAAACGGAUUUUUCUUUUCAAAUAGCAACAACGAUACAGUAUUACAGUUGGCGAAAAGAAUUGGAAUAUAAUAGAAAAAUGAGACUAAAGUAUAUAUCAGUCUACAAUUGUACUUACAAGCUACACAAAGUAAACUAAACAAAGCAAAUCUACAAAGUAAAACAGAAACAACAUCAAGAAAAUAAAAAACAAAUACUCCACAGAUAAAGAACGCUUUAGUUUAGUUGUUAUUUUAUAAAUUUUUUGCAACAUUCCCAUUGUUUCAUUUCACA